AUGACAACAAGAUUGAGAACAAAACAGGGUGUCCUAGUUGGUGCAAGAAGAAAAACUACUAAUGACUUCGAAUAUGAUGAUUUUCUCAACAUCCCCUACGCUAAGCCUCCUGUUGGGGAACUACGAUUUAAGAAUCCUCAACCACCAGAACCGUGGCUGGGAGAUCGAGAUGCUACAGUUUACAACGAAUCCAAUCUCUGCAUACAGUACGACAUUUUCAAACAAAAAAAUCGUGGCAGUGAGGAUUGUCUGUAUGUGAACGUCUCCACACCGAAGGUGCCUGCAGCUGGACUGUUAGCCUUACUUCCAGUAAUGGUGUUCAUUCAUGGUGGAGGUUUCGUGUUUGGAAAUGGACUUGCGAAAUUCGAAAAUGGGCCAGAUUACCUAAUCGAGCAUAAUGUCGUAGUCGUUACUAUGAACUACAGACUUAGCGCCUAUGGGUUUCUAUCUCUUGAUAUACCUGAAGCCUCCGGAAACAUGGGGCUUAAAGAUCAAGUCAUGGCAUUAAGAUGGGUUCAAGAAAACAUUGAGCAUUUUGGAGGUAACAAGAAUGACGUCACAAUUUUCGGCAUCAGCGCUGGUGCGGCCUCCGUCGAAUUUCUCAUGAUUUCUCCUUUAACGAGAGGUCUAUUCCACAAAGCUAUCCUGCAAUCUGGAUCAGCUCUGAAUCCCUGGGCAUUGGACAGUCCAGAAAACAUAAGAAAUCACACUUUAAAACUGGCGCAAGAACUGCACUAUCAAGGACCCUUGAAAGACUACCGGGCUAUACAUGAUCAUUUGAUGAAUGUUCCUGCUGAAUAUAUUAAAUUAGCAGCUAACAAAGCCACUAACCCUUCACAAGUAAAAGGAGUUUAUUUUGGAUUUGGACCAACAAUUGAAAAAGAUUUUGGAAACGGUGAAGCAUUUUUAACAGAAAACCCAUAUGAACUAUUGAAAUCUGGAAAGUUCACUAAAGUACCUGUAAUGAGAGGGUUUACUGAUUCUGAAGGAUUCAUUGAAGCUGGUACUAAGCCACAAGAUGUAAAAGAAGUGACCACGUUUAAGAAUUAUAUGGAUUUUUGGAGAUAUCCUUUAAGUACAAGCGAUGCGACAUACUAUAAUGAAAAAUUACGACAAGCUUACGAUAGUUACACAGGGAACGACAUCGAAAGACCAGCUAUCGACUUCUUUGGAGAAUUUGACUUCGUUAGUGGUGUAAUUGCGAGUUCGAAGCUAUUAGUGAAGCAUGGUGUGCCAGUCUACUUAUACGAGUUCACUUAUGAUGGUAGCCUCAAUUUGCUCAAAGCUUUGAACGGAGUAAAUAAGACUGGAGCUGCACAUGGUGAUGAUACAGCUUACACGAUACAAAUUGAGCCUGUCCCGAUUCUAACACAGGAUGAUGUUAUUGUUAGAAACAGAAUUUCUAAGUUGUGGACUAACUUUGCUAAAACUGCGAAUCCCACUCCGACAACAAGUCCCCUGCUGCCACUGCUCUGGCCGCCAUACAGCAGCAGCGAACAGUUCUACAUGGUGAUAGACAAAGAUAUGUCCAUCAGAGCCAAAUACGCUGACGAAAGGAUGCAAAUAUUUGAAGAAAUCUUAGACAAAUACCAUCGAUUGACGGAUCAAACUGAGAUUAAAUUCUAA